UCCUAGUCAGAUUCGUUAACCACUGCGCCACGACGGGAACUCCCAGUAUUUAUUUUUAAAAAAAGAAAUAUAAGAAGCACUUAGAGCAGAGGUUGGCAAACUACUUGAUUCUAAAUAUCUCAUGAACUAAGAAUGGUUUGUACGCUUUUUACUGUUUUGGGGUAAAACAAGAGAAUAUUUUAUGAGACAAGAUAAUUAAAAGAAAUUCAGAUUUCAGUGUCCAUAAAUAAAGUUUUAUUGGAACACAGACAUGUUUAUGUUUAUGUAUUGUCACAAUAGCAGAGUUCUGAAGUUCCCUUAGAGCUUAAGUAAUACAGUGCAUUUUCCAAUCCCCCUUUUCCAUCAGCUGUAUAACUUGCUUUAUUCAAUAGCACAUUAGCAAAUAUGAUCAAGAAGAGGCAUGAAAGUGCUUAUGCAUUUCUGGAAUGCUGCAACUGAGACAUGACUAAGCCCCAGCAUGCUGGCUGAUGUUUGGAGACACCAGACCAAAUUAUUCCCACUGCAUCAGCCAAGAGCAAGCCAGCUGAUUGGGGAGAGACACCACUGACCACCACCACCAUCCAGGAGUGAGACCAACUAGGGUCCACUGACCGCUAGCCAGAGAGUGAGACUGCAGAGAGCCAGCCAUGGUGGGGAUGGACGAUGGGGCAGGGGUGGGGGGAUGGGGCAGAGGUGGCAGGGAAGGAGACCAUUGAGGGCUGGUUCUGAGCUGAGGAACGAAACAGCCAUGACCUCCCAGAAGCUCCAGGGGGCGUUCUCACGUAUCCCUGUGGAUAGAGGAAAUAGAGAGCAGGGGUUACACGGUCAUGAGUAUGAGAUGAAAAGCAAAAAUCAGCCGUUCAAAGUUCUAUCAUAUGUGGGUUACCAUUGUGUGUUGGUGCCAUCAUAUGCCCGGGACCCCUGGAAUAUUUGUGCUAUCAUGCUUUAGUACCACCUAUGCCUGGACACUGUCGCAUGUUAGUGCCGUCACAAGUCACGUGCUCUGAUCUACAACCGCGAGGCGCGCUUGCUUCAUGGCUGCCACCCUGAUGAGACCUCCCACUGGGACUGGCGAGUCCUGGCCCAUGAUCCUGAGCCUCCUCCUCCUGCUCCUGCCCUUCCUGCCUCCCACCCAGGUUGCAGCGACGGCCCUCAGGCACCCUGCCAGAGAGGGGGUCGCCAUUAGCCGUGAUGUGGCCUGUGGCCAGCGUCAUGUGCAGGGGAAAAUCAUAGGAGGUGUGGAUGCCCUCGAGGGAAAGUGGCCAUGGCAGGUCAGUGUGCACUAUGCAGGCUUCCACAUCUGUGGUGGGUCCAUCAUUGAUGAGUACUGGGUCCUGUCUGCAGCACACUGCUUUGAGAGGGACAAGAAUACUGAGGCAUUUGAUAUGUAUGUGGGCCUUGUGAAUCUCGGGGUUGCAGGCCAUCACACCCAGUGGUUUGAGGUGAAUAAGGUGAUCAUACACCCCACAUACGAAGUGUACCACCCUGUUGGAGGUGACAUCGCUCUGGUGCAGUUGAAAAGCCGCAUUGUGUUUUCCGACUCUGUGCUUCCAAUCUGCAUUGCACCCCCAGAUGUGAAUCUCUGGAACCUUUCUUGCUGGGCUACAGGAUGGGGAUCCAUCUCUCAACAAGGUGACACUUCAGACAAGCUGCAGGAGGCACAGCUGCCUCUGAUCCCAUCACCCCUGUGCCAGCUACUUUAUGGACACACAUCAUAUAUUCUGCCAGACAUGCUCUGUGCUGGAGACCUCAGAAACAUGAAGACUGUGUGUAAGGGUGACUCUGGGGGCCCUCUCGUCUGUGAAUUCAACCACACCUGGAUUCAAGUUGGAGUAGUGAGCUGGGGACGUGGUUGCACAUACCCUAUGUAUCCUGCAGUUUAUGCCCAAGUCUCCUAUUUCUCAAAAUGGAUUCAUUAUCACAUAGAAAACACACCCUUACCUCAUCAGCCACUCCCCACCAUCUCCUCUAUUCUGGGGGUCACCAUCAGUGUCCUUGUUACCUCGCUGGCUGUCUCAUCAAUGUUGUAAGGGCCAAGGCUCCCCACCCCCAGCUUAUUCAUGGCUGCAUGCCUCUGUCCCUACCAGCUCCAGCCUCUCAGGUCUUUGUGUACCUGAGCAAGGUGAGGGCCACCAGCUAGGCCCUUAUGCAGAGUCCAGGAAGAGGCUAACAAAGGCCACACCCAGAAAGGCACAGAAGCUAGUCUCAUCACAGAAGGGUGGAAGUACAUGAGAGAGCAGAGCACAUUGUCUGAGUGCUCUGGACACCUAAUAUUUGGUAAAAUAUUAAAUAUUUACCCAAAAAAGUGUCCCAGAAGUCCUAUGUCCAUCUUUCUAUCCAGAGUGCAAGCUCCCUCAUGCAGAUAGUGUAUUCAUCACACGCCUAGUUGGGAUGACAGGCAGAAGGAUGAGAGAAAAAGGACAAAGCAAACUGCAGCAUUUAUAGAAAGGUCAGCCACACAAACACUAGUGUCUUGGAUAGAGGGAGAGCCUCAAAGCCUUGGAGAAACCUGAAGCAGCUCAUCUGAAGAGGGCAAAGUAGAGAGUAGUGGAAUAGAGCCACACAGAAUACCAAUACCACUGCCCAGCACACCCAGGCCUGAGACACUUGGGUGAGGUCUGGGUGCUGAGGCUCAGGUCUCAGAAGUCAGUCCCAGGGACAGGAUUAGGGUUGGCUGUGUGGAAACUGCCUGAGGAGACUAGGGUGUGGUAUAAGAAGCCUAGGUAAUGUGGGAGGAAGUGUGGGAGCACAAGAGAAACAAUGUUCCAUUGUUGGGGAGUGCAAGGGGAGGGGAUAUGGGACUGCCAUAGGAAUGUGUGGGCCCUCAGGCAGCAUGGCACAUUCUUCGUGGGCUGUGGGUGCUGGUACAAGCUGUCACAGCCAUCUCAGAGGUAGGUGAAGCCCACCAUUGCCUACCAACACCCCUACCCCAGAGAUUGACACCACUGCAGAGUGCCCUGUGGGAGGGCAUCUCCCACCAUACCAGCCUCCUUGUGACAUGUGUGGGCUGUGCACCUGUGCAUGCCAUCAAGGGGAUAAUGUCCUGCACAUUCUGAGGAAAGAGAGAGAAAGCAUCAAAAACAAAUGCAGCCUUCAUGCUAAAAAAAAAGAAAAAAAAAAGGAAAACCCACUCAAGCUACCCAGGUAUGCUCCCACAUAUAAACAGACCUCUAAGAUUAUGGUAAAUAAUUGUUUCCCCUAAACUCACAGAAUAAGGGAAAUAUAAGCAAAGUGAAGAGGGAGAGGAACCAUUCCCAUUUAAAAGAACAGGAAAAUUCCUUUGAAGAAACAUACAGUAUAACAGACGUUGAGUUCAAAAAGAGGUAAUAAAAGGAAUUACUGAAGGAAUUAAGAAAGGCUAUCAAUAUAAAUGCAUAUUGCUGUAAAAAAGGAACUAGAAACUAUAAGAAGGAGCAAGGAAAAACUAUAAAAUUCAUUUGCCAAAAUGAAACCUGAGCUAAAGGUGAUGAAUAGCAGAAUGAAUAAUUCAGAAGUAGGAAUAAGUGACUUGGAAGAUAGAAUAAUGGGAAUCACCCAAUCAGGAGAGCAGACAUAAAGCCAAAUUUUAAAAAAAUGAAAUCAGUGUAAGAGAUCAAAGGAAUAAAAUACAGCAUGCCAUUCUACCCUUAAUAGGGGUCCCAGAAGGAGAAGAAAGAAGAAAGAGAAUUGAAAAUGUUUUUGAAGAAAUUAUGUAUGAAAACUUCCCCAGUCUAAAGAAAGAUAAAGGAAGCAAAAAAGGUCCCUAAUAAGAUAAACCCAAACAAAUCUAUACCAAGACAUAUAAUAAAGGUGGCAAAAGUUGAAUAUAGAAGAGGAUUUUAAAGGCAGCAAGAGAAAAACAAAGAGUUAAUUAUGAGGGGACCCCCCCCAUAAAGCUACCAGCUUAUUUCUUUAUGGAAAUGUUGCAGGCCAUAAGAGAGUGGCAACAUAUAUUUAAAAUUCUGAAAGGGAAAAAACUGCAGCCUAGAACAAUUUGCCCAUCAAAAUUAUCAUUUAAAAUAGAAGAGAAAUAAAGAAUUUCUCAGAUAAGUAAAAAAAAAUAAAUAAAAGGAUACAGCAAUACUAAACCUAUCUUAAAAGAAAUAUUGAAAGUUCUCUAAAUAGAAAGGAAGUAAGAAGGCAUAGGUGGAAGAAAUCAUAAUUGGAAAGUAAAUCACUUAAGCAGAUCAAAAAGAAAAAAAUACUAUUUGUGAAAGAGAUGAUGAAGACAAGGAAUGACAACAGGACAAACACAAAGAUCUAAAGAAGGACAUAAAAAUCAUAAAAUAUGGGGAAGGAGAGUUAGAAAAUCUAGACUCUUUUUAAGAAUGUUUGAGCCUGACUAUCAGUAUAAAGCAAGGGGUUAAUAUACUUGAAAAACAGGGCAACCAUAAAUCAAAAAUAAGCAAUAGACUCACAAAAACCAAAAAGGAGAGGAUAUGAGUGUAAAGUAAAAGUAAAUCAUCAAACCACA